AUGUCUAUGAUCGUCUAUCCCGAGAUCUGCCCGGCCUCUCUCGUUCCCAUGAUCUCCGCCUUGGUGGGCCUCAUCGUUGCUGUUGCCGGUGUCUGUGGCCCCAUCAUCGGGGGCCUGUUCACCAGCUAUACGACUUGGCGGUGGGCUUUUGGACUGAACGGCCCUUGCUCGUUUAUACCGGCCCUGGUUUUGGUUUUUGCCUGGCCUCGGAACCUCCAGACCUAUGCAAAACUGCCCUUCUCAGCCAUCGACUACGCUGGCUCGGUGCUCUUUCUUUGCGGGACUGUCCUGCUGGUUUUCAUCAUAAACCAGGUCUCGGUUAGGGCGUACGAUUGGGACAGCGGUCCCACAAUCACCGUGCUAGUGAUUGCUGGUCUCUCCUGGAUUGCGCUAGUCUUGUGGCAGCGAUUCAUAUCCCACCACCCACGGUUCCGCCGCCUCCGCUCGCCGUUUCCUUACAGAAUACUCACUAGCAGGGUUAUGAUGUGCGCUAUACUUUGUACAAUAUGUACCGGCUUCGUGAUGAUGCUUACCAUUGUCCAUGUGCCGUUCCGGGCUGAGAUUGCCAACUUGUACGACGCAGUCAAGUCCGGGAUCUUGCUUCUCCCUCUGAUGGGAAGCAUGGCUGUUGGCUCCGCGUUGGGAGGUGCCGCCUCGACCAAGCGUAACAACACGUGGUGGACUCUGGUCAUAUCUGGCAUUCUGAUGCUCGUCGGGAGCGCACUUCUCUCAACUCUGACAGACACUAGCUCCCCCGAGCCGAAAGAGUGGGGCUUCCAGGUAAUUCUCGGCCUCGGCCUGGGCCUGAAUCUCUCUACCGCGACGUUCAUCACUUCGAUGUCCGUUGAGUUUGAAGAUCACGCCGUCGGACAAGGCCUGAUAGCUCAGAUGCUGGUUUUCGGCGGCAGCUUGGGCGUGGCUUCCAGUUUCAUUGUUCUGAAUAAUACGAUCCAAGACAGACUCACGAACGUUCUGUCGCCCACGCAGCUUCGGGACUUUUGCACGUCACCCACCGCCAUCUACAGCUUUGUGUCUCUGCAGCAGCUAGAAGUCAGGGAGGUGUAUAUAGACACCUUCAAUGCAAACAUGCGGGUGUGUAUCGGCAUCUCUCCUGUAUCAAUUGUGGCGGUCCUCUGCUCGUUUCAGCGAAACCCGCCGACCCUCAAAAGCCGUCUGGCCGAUCUCGCCGAAGUCGGGUAUUCUGUGGCCGGAACGAGGAUCAACUCACCAGGGAGCAAAAUAAUAGAUGCCAGUCACACAGAUACAUAG